UUUGUGUCGAUCCGCGAUCACGGAGUUUCGCUGCGUCGCUGUUGAGGUUUUAAGAAAAUAAUCCAGAAUAACAAAGACAUAAACUCGUUAUGGUAAAAAGAAAUUUUCAAAAGUAUACGUUUUUCUAUGGAGUUGGAUAACUCUAAGUUAAUAAAAUGAGUGAUAAUAUAAAGGUAGUUGUCAAAGUUCGGCCUCUUAUUUCACGCGAAAUAGAAGAAAAACUUAACUAUCAAUGGCGCGUUCAAAACAAUACACUUUACCAAAUCGACCAAAGCGGUAGGGAUUGUGGUCCAUCGUUUACAUUUGACAAAGUUUAUGAUAAAGACACGAAAACCAGUGAUGUAUAUAAUGAUAUUGCCAAACCUAUUGUGGAGGCGGCAACUGCCGGCUUCAAUGGUACUAUAUUUGCAUAUGGUCAGACAUCAUCAGGCAAAACUUACACCAUGACAGGCACUGAAGAAUCUCCAGGGAUCAUCCCACUAGCUGUAUUAAAUUUAUUUGAUAUUAUUAAAAAUAUUCCUGACAGAGAUUUUCUAAUAAGAGUCUCAUAUGUAGAAAUAUAUAAUGAAACAUUAACAGACUUGCUAAGCGCUGAUAAAAAAGUUGUAAAGAUACAAGAAACAUUACAAGGCUUAAGAGUUGAUGCAACAGAGAAAGUAACAACCUCGCCAGAUGAGGUGCUGGAAACCAUGUUGCAGGGCAAAGCAAAUAGACAAACAGCAUCAACAAAUAUGAAUGAUGAAAGUAGUAGAUCUCAUUCAAUAUUCCAAAUUACAAUAGAGUCUCGAGAGCAUAUCGAAGGCGAGGAGGAAGUUGGUUCAGUACAUGUAUCUCAACUGAAUCUAGUAGAUUUAGCGGGUUCAGAGCGAGCAGGACAAACAGGUGCCACUGGACUGCGGUUUAAAGAGGGUACUCAUAUCAACAAGUCCUUGUCGGCUCUAGCUCUAGUUAUAAAACAACUGUCGGAGGACCAAAACAAACACGUGAAUUACCGCGAUAGUAAAUUGACGCGGAUUUUGCAGAACUCUCUUGGUGGCAAUGCCAAAACUAGUAUAAUAUGUGCUGUAACACCCGCAAGUGUUGAAGAAACAAUAUCUACUUUACAGUUUGCAAAUAGAGCGAAAGCAAUUAAAAAUACACCUGCCGUGAAUGCAGUUGCAACUAACACAAGUAUGAUACAAAACUUAACGAAACAAUUAUGCAUGUUAAAGACAGCACUGGAAAAUAAAAAGAAUGUUGAGCAAGACAACUGUAACUUGCAAAAACAAAUUGCAAACCUACAGAAAUUAAUUAUUAAUGGAUUCCACCAAAGAAGUAGUACAGAUUUAAUAACAGGAGCUCGGAGAAAGUUACAUCAGCCGAGAAGGAUAACAAUAUCGACAUUACAUCCCAUACAAGAAGAUACUGUGCCUAGUAACAUUCCUAAAUUUUGUACUCCAAGCUUGAAAUACAAUCCUUUACACAUACCGAGUAGUUCCGAUUUCACACCCAUAAGUGAAACAGGAGCUCUUUCUAUUCUUCAAGAGACCCCGAGACUGGUGACACCUCCUCUCGCAGAUAAAAAAGUUAAUUUUACUGAGGAAAUUAUUAAUUUAGAUAGUGACGACGAGACUACUUCAGAUGUACCUUGUUCGCCUUAUCAUGGAUGUUACGAAAAAUCUAAAACUCCACCGUGUGUGUUGCGGAAACACGCUAAACAAGCCGAGAAGAAUCUAAAAGAAUUAAUUGAAUUGACCGAAAGAGAGAAGCAAUAUUCACCUACUGUGGUUGAAUUAUUGGAAAAACUUGAAGAAAAAACAUUAGCUUUAAGUAAACUAGAUGACAAUAUAGUAGCAUUAAAUGCAUUAUGUAGAGAAAAAGAUAGUGAAAUAGAAAAUUUGAAAAAUAAAAUCAGUUUAGUAGAAGGUGAAAUACAAAGUAUUAGGUCUGAUAAGGGGGAUUUAGCAGCUCGCUGUAAGGAUUUUGAAACAAAAUUAACUGACUGCGAAGUUAGUUACGAAACUUUAUUGAAAAAAUAUCAAUCAAGAGAAAAGGAACUUCUGUCUCUCCUGGAAGAACAAAAUUCUUGGAAAAGUUCAAACGCAAAUGGUACAAUGGGUUCUCCUAACCAAACAAUGAUGUUGCAUGAGGAUACAACAAAAAGAAAAAAUGAAAAUUCAGAAAAUGAAUUAAUGUUGAAAAAUUUGAGUAAUACUGUUAGCGAAUUGCAGACACAAAUCACUUUUAAAGAACAAACAAUAUUAGAAUUACAAGCUGUUGUUACGGCUCAAAAACACAAAAUUGAUACAAUUGAAAAUGUUAACGAGGAACUCAAUGAAAUGCUUACAAAUUACAAACAAAAUGUUUUAAUUUUAGAAAAUGAGAAUGUUAAUUUUGUGUCCAAAGUUAAAAAACUAUCUUCUAUUAUAGAAAGUCAAAAAACAGAAAUUAUGUCUGCUUCUGCUGAUGUAGAUUCGUACAAUAGCGUAAUUCAAGAGUUGCAAAUUAAAUUAGCCGAUCAAGUUUGUUCCAAGAAAAAGACAAUGGAAAAUAGCGAUAUAGAAACAAUGAUUGCUAAUGAAGAAAUGUUUAUCGCUAGCAAUGAGAAUAUGAAGAAUUUGAUUCAAACAUUGAAAUCUGCAUUGGAUUCGAAGACUGAAGAACUAAAUAAACUGAAAUUAGAAAAUUCGAACCAUAAUAUAUCUAACGACAAAACCUAUAAAGAUGAUUUAAGUAUGCUUCAAGAAGAAAUUGUCAGGCUAAAAAAUAAACUAAGUUAUAAUGAGAAAGUUAUUGAUGACCUCAAGGAAGAAAAAGCAAAAUUUUCUUCUACAGAACGAGAACUUUUAGACAAACUGACUGAAGUAAAAAGUUAUCAAGAUAAUUUACAAAAGCUUAAUUUGGAAAGUGAAAUGGAAUUGCAAACCCUGAAAGACCUUUAUAAGAAACUAUCAUCUGAGGGAUUAGCUGCAAAGGAAAAAUUCCAAACACGUGAAAAUGAACUCAAUAUCGAAAUUGAAAGCAUGUCACAAAGAAUAAGUACACUUGAGAAUGACAUUAAAAUCAAGGAUCAACUUAUUACUUCGCUUAACGCUGAAGAUAAUAAAUCACAAGAGAAUUUCUAUAUUGCAAAACAAUCUCUUAAUAAAAUACAGGAUAUAAUAAUUUUGUUAACAGGAAAUAUACAAGAAGUUCCAGAUAUUAUUGACAACUUUGUAGGAGCUUUUAAAAUACUGAGUGAAAAAUUAGCCUUGUUAGAAAGAAUAAUUAAAGAUAGUUUAGAAGAAAAGAAAAAUUUGCAAGUUUCAUUAGAAGACUGUGAAAGUGAAAUAUCAAAACUUAAACGAACAUUAGACAAUGCUUUUGAAAGUCUAGAUGAAAUAACCAGUGACUUCGGAGGGUUUGUGGCUACAGAUACAAAUGAAGAUUCCACUUAUGAUCUACAAAGCAAAAUUAAAAGUUUUAUCAACAAAAUGAAAGUCAUGCAACAAAAUCUAAUUCAAAACCUAGAGGAGAAAAAAUUAGUAAUUAGCAAGAUAACGUCCGAACUUAAUAGCAAAGAAUUAGAAUUAAAUACUAAGACUACUGAACUAUCUUCGGUAUCCAAGGAAAUGGUUGAAGUAAUAAAAGAAAGAGAAAACUUAUUAAAUAUCAUUGGCAGUCAACUCCAUAAAAUAAUAUCUGAAUUCAGUAUAGUCCCAUGUGAGUUUAACAAUGACUCCUAUGAAAGUGAAAUUAUAAAUUUUAUGAUUGAUAACAUAUCAAACUAUAUGAAAACCAUAAUUUUAGAAAACAAUGAGAAAAUAAAUAAUGUUGAUAUUAUUUUGGCUCAAGCUAAAAAGGAAAUAUCUGAACUGACUGACCAAAAUCAUAAGUUGAGCGGUGAUAUAUCACAGGUAGAAUUUGAAAAGAAUGCUUUAAUAAAAGAAAUUGAAACAAUUCAGGAUGUUAAACAAAGAUUAGUUAAUGAUUUAACUCAUAGCAACACAAUAUUAAGUGACCUUAAAGAAGAAAUUAAAUCAAAAGUAAGUGAAAUAGAAAUAAUUGAGAAUAGAGCGAGAGAUUGGAAGGAACAAUUCCUUAAUAUUGAUUCUUCAAUGAAGCGUCAAGUAAGUGAGCUUGAAUUUGAAAAUGCAAAUCUUAGGGAAGAAUUAGAUAGGAAGACUAGUAAGUUUUAUUUGAAUAACUCUUAUCUUAACGGAAGUAAUAAAGAAAAGUCAGUCAAUGAUAUUGAAUUGAUAUCGCCUCCAAGUCUUCUUACGAUUUGCUGUAAUAAAAUAGUGGAAGCAAUUCAACCAAGUGAAAGUGAUGAAUGCAUUAGUGCUCAUAGCUCGCAAAUGUGUAACUCUGAUGUCCAAAGUGAUUAUAAAUACAAUCAGUUACAAUCUGAUAUUGAAAUUCUACAGUUUGAAAACACAAAGCUAAAACAGAAAAUUGAAAAUCUUGAAAUAUAUAAUAAUCAUUUAAUAACAGAGCAGGAAGAGGCUCGCAAUGAAAUACGUUUGCUUUUGGAAUCCGCGUAUGAAUUGCAGAAAAAAGUUAUCACUCAUAGAACUAAUUUGUGUACUUUGACAGCAACCACAUAUGCAGAGAAUAAGUCACUUAGUUCGCAACUUAAAUUUCUUCAACUUUAUCACAGUUUGUUUGAUAAAGCUUGCCAGAAAGAAAUACCCGAGUUUAAGAAACAAUUGCAGGAUCUUAUGAUAAUAUUAAAAUCAGAUUAUACGCAACACCCAAAUGAUAGCUUAAGAAGAUGUUCAUUGCCAAACGCAUUGGAAAACAGUAUGAUUCAAACAUCAUUAAAAUAUGAAUCGCUUUUAGAUGGUGAUCUCCUCAUGUUAGAUACAAAUAUAACUUUAACUACAUGUGAUAAUACAUUAACAGGACAUGAUCAAACUUGUUUCGAUGUAACACAAAGCUGUAAUGAAGUGGGUUGUCAAACAAACAAUGCUAAUGAUUUACAGGUUCCAUAUAUAGAUCUAAAUGCGAAACAAAAAUUAGUAGAAUCUCUGGAAUCUUUGAAAGUUGAGAAUGAUAAGUUGCGAACAAUGGUAGAUGAUUACCAGCUGAACAAACCUAGUCCUGUAGACUCACAAAAUAGUCCUUUUAAUAGUCCAAAUAAAGUAUACAACAAACUUUCCUGUGAUAAAUGUGUUAAGUUUGAAGAAAAAUUAAAAUCUCAAAUGGUAACUUUAAAUGAAAUCAACCUGUUGGAAGAAAAAUUAACUGAAUUAAAAGCACAAAAAGAUGAAUUAGAAGCGAAGUAUAAUAAUUUGAAACUAGAAAUUCCAACUACUGAUGCAUUAGUAGUUAAACUGAGAAAUUUAGAAAAAGAUCAUAGCUUAAAAACUACUGAAAUUGACAAACUUAAAAUGACUCUCAGUAAGAAAAAUGAAGACAUGAAAAAUUUACAAGAAGAAAAUGAUUCCUUAUCUAAUCAAAUAAUGGAGAUUAUAGACGAAGGUGAUAAUUUAAGGAAAGAAAUUGAUUAUUUGAAGCAAAUAAACACGGAAUUGACAAAUAAAAUCUCAGAAUUGGAAAUCCUUGGUACAGAAAGUGAUAAACAAAGGGAAAUGUGUCCGCAAUGUCUUCAAAAAGAUGAAACUAUAAGUUCAUUGCAAAGUAAACUAGUUGUGGAUCCUCACAAGAGAUUAAGUAGAAGUUACAGUGAUUCAGAUAGUUCAUCACAGUAUAAUAAAAUUUGUACACUUCAAAGUGAACUGCAUGCAGGACGAGAAGACUGUAAUGAACUCAAGAAUGAAGUCACUAAUAUUAAAAAUCAUUUAGAAAGGAGCAAUAUAUCUAUAGACCAAGCUAUGGAUUUAGAUGAAAGUAUAGGUAAUUCUCAAUCAUUUACUUGUAAUAAAGAAUGUAAUAAUGAUAGUCUAUUCGAUAAAUCUAAUAUGCCAGAUAUACCCGAAGAACGUCCGUCGGAUUUGUAUAGUUUAGAUAGAAUUGAUUGUGUUAAUUACUGCGCUGAAAAAAUUGGUGCCGAUAAGGAAAAUUUCAAUUGCGAUACAAAAAUUAUUGACAUUAUGACAAUGCUAUAUGAUAAUCUCAUCAAUAAACAUAAUAAUGAGAUCGAAAACUUAGUCAAUAAACUUAGAGACUUUGAAGAGUCGAAGAAUUCAUUACAAACAAAACUAAAUGAAAUUACAACUAUACAAAAGAAAUUUAUCAAUGAAUUAGAAGAAAAAGAUAUGUAUCUCCAAACAAUGGCUAAUGUUGUUUCCCAAAUUAAGAACAAUCUUUCUUUUAUCAAUAGUUCAACCAAGGACUCGGACAUACUUGAAACAAUUGAUUAUUUUAAGGACAACUUCUUCACUGUUAUUGAUAAAGAAUUUGGUCUGGCUAGCAUUGAAGUGUUUCAAACUAUUUUACUACAAUUAAAAGAAAAAUAUAAUUUAGAUUUAAACAAAAUAUUAGACGAGAAUAAAUCGUUACAAGAUCAAUCUACUAAGAUUUCUGAAGAAUUCAAACAAGUUAGCAGUCAAUUCAGUCUUCUAAAGAAUCAAUUAUUAGACAAAGAAAACGAUUACAAUCUUCUCACGAAACAGAAAGAAAAGAUGUACGAGAUAAGUAAUGCUGUGACAUUGAAUAUAGUGAAAAAAGAGGACGAACUGCGGACGUUGGUUAAAAAUGUUUAUGAGAAGCUAUUAAACAAAAAAAUUAUUCACGCGGAAGUAAUUGACAUGAAUCUACCUGCUUCCGAAAUCUUACCAAUUUUAUUCGAUUUUAUAUUACAAAAAGAUAUUAACACCAGUAAUAAAGACCAAAUGGAAAAUCUUAUGCUUGAAAUAGAAGAAUUGAAAUCAUUAUUAGAAGAAAAGAACAAACAGUUACAUUCCAUCAAAGAAGAAUACGAAAAAUUUAAGGACAUACAUAAUGACAAAAGUAAGUUAAUAGAAGAUAAAGAUAAUCAAAUUAAGCAUCUAGGAUCAAUACACGAAUCUCUUAAAGAUAUAUACGACAAGAAACUUGAAGAAAAUGAGGCGAAUUUAGUCAUAAUCAGCAAACUUACAGAUGAAGUUAAAAUACUCAAAGAAAAUAUUGAAAGAAAGGAAACCGCUAUUCAGGCAUUAGAAGCACAAUCACAAACUGAAAAACAAAUGAGAGACUCCCCUAAUGACAACGCAUUAUUGGAAAUGACUAAAAAAGUACAAAAAUAUACAGAAGAAUUGGAAAAUUUGAGAUCUGCUAAUAAAAUACUAUUGCGAGAAAAAGAAUCAUCGUCUAUCGAAUUAGAUAAAGCCAAUAACACAAUAAAAAAAAAUAAACUCGAAAUGGAGAAAAUGAUGUCUGAUGUGCUGAUUUUGAAAGAAUCUGUUGAUCAAAAUUCAAAUGUUUUGGAGAACUUAAGGCUGGAGUCUAAAACAUUACUUGAACAAAAUGCAUUACUUAAGCAACAAAUCCAAGAAAAGACAAAGGAAUGCUCACGUCUGGAAAUAAAUAUUAAGACGCACCAAAAAACAGCAGAAAUACAGACCAAAAUGAUUAUCAGACUCCAAAAAGAAAAGGCGGAAGUAGAAUCAGCAGACACUGAACAUAAGAAACAAUUAGAGGAGAUGUCAUUGAAGUUAAUCGAAAUUCAACAAAAUAUGGAACAGAAUAAGGCAUAUGUCGAAGAAAUUGAAUCUUUGAAAAAUAUUAGACAAAGCCUAGAGGAGCGUGUUUCGGAAUUAGAGGUCGAAAUACAGAAUAAAGUGCAAUCGUAUACAGAGGCGGGAGAAUCUUCUAGAAGCCGACGACAAAGCUUAUACGAUUCUAUGCGGAUAUUCUCUGAUAAUAGUGAAGAUCAAAGAAAAAUAGAAGCGGUAUUCAAGUCUCGUAAAUGCGACGAGUUGUUUAUGGACGUGGAUGAUAGUUCCAGUAGGAGCACACCGGUUCGAUUGAGUAAAGGGCGUGAAAGCUUAGCGUCACGACACGAACAGAGUGAAGAAGAAGGAUCUCGAGCCAGCAGUGUGCAGGCUUCCCGGCGCCGCCGUCAGAGCAUACACGAUGCGCACAGGAGUGUCAGUGCGCUUGAAACAUCUCGUCGGCCCAGUGUCGAUCGGAACAACGAAUCCUCGGGCAGUGACACCAGCAGCGAAAUAUCAAAACUGCGCAAACAAGUAGCGGCGUACCGAGAGGAGCUGGAGGAUCUGCGCGAGAAGUACAACGACCUGGACCAGGAGUGCGAGACGUGCGCCGAGUACCUGCGGGAGAGGGACGAGCAGUGCAGGCGGCUGGUUAGGGAGAAACGGGAGCUGGAGAGCGCGAUCCUGGAAUUAAAACAACAAAUACAAAAGAGCAAUCCAAACGCUGCCCUCAAGAACGCUUCCGUUGAUGCGGCGGUUAAUACAGAUAAAGAUUGGGCCAAUCUUCACUCUGUGGUAGUAGACAGGAUGUCCUACGACGCCGAGGUUGAGAAGAAUAAGAAAUUGACGAAAUGCAUCGAGGAGCUGCGCUACACGAAACAGGAGUUGAAGAACACUUUGGGCAAGAUGCAGAAGGCAAUAGACAAACACGCACAUAAGGACAAGGAGAUAGAAGUAUUGAAAUCUGAAUUGGAACAUUGCAAUACGGAAUUGUCGAGUCUCCGCGAGAGAUGUCGCGAGCUGGACGAAGAGUGUGACACUUGCGCGGAAUAUCUCAAGGAGAGAGAUGAACAAUGCCACAGACUCAAAGAGGCAAAGGCUAUGUUGGAGAACGAAAACCUAGAAUUGAGACAAAAGAUUCACAGUGCCAGCAAUAAGACAACCGCCAGGAUGGAUACUGCAGUCAAUACUGAUGAAGACUCGGCAAAAUUACAUUCUGCAGUCUUGUCUUAUGAGGCAGAAGUGGACAAGAACAAAAAGUUAAUGAAACUCGUUGAAGAGCUGCGACACAAGAAACAAGAGCUAAAAAUGACCAUUACCAAAAUGCAGAAAACUAUUGAUAAAAAUACACACACGGCCAAGGAAUUAGAAGCGACGAAAUCGGAAUUGGAGCGGUGUAACAAGGAGUUGUCGGACGUGCGCGAGAGAUGCCGCGAGCUGGAGGAAGAGUGCGACACGUGCGCCGAGUAUCUCAAGGAGAGGGAGGAGCAGUGUCACCGGCUGAAGGAGGCCAAAGCGUCGCUUGAGAUGAAAUUACUUGAAUAUCAAGAGAGCAGUCUAUGUAUGUCCGUGCGCAAAAAGCGACGGCAGACGUUGCACGAUCAAAACCGUCGGCCCGAAGCUGAUAGAGUUGAUGUUGCGACGGAAACCAGUGACGAUUUCCUUAGUUAUCAAGUUGAAAGAGACGAAACUUCCAAAAAGUCGGACGACAGACAUGCUGAGGAGUUGAAACGACUAAGAAUUGCGCUGGAGCGGCUGAGCCGGCAGAAGGCGUCGCUGGAGCAGCGGCUGGCGGUGGCGUCGGCCGCCGCGCCGCUCUACGUGGCCACCGGCAGCGCCAUCGUGCAGAAUCAACAAUUUGCUGACGUGAUGAAAGAGAAUCAGAGGUUAAAAAAGAUUAAUGCUAAAUUAGUGCAUAUAUGCAAGAAAGGUAAACCGAACAACACCAACCAGGAGAAUGAAGAUCCCGCUGACGAUAACAAUUAAUAAAUAAUAUUACUAUUAAUAAUAAUGAAGAUUAUUUAUUAUCUAUCUAGUUUCAAUCAGAAGCUGGUCUUUUGUUUUUUUUUUGCAGUAGAGGAUAGAUUUUAAUUUUUGUGCAAUUUCAAUUAUUAUUUUAUGAGGAAUAAUUUUUUUUCUGUGUGUGUAUGACAAAUAAACAAUUACUUAUAUUUUUUCAAUUAAUUGGAGGCCAGCGAUUUGUUUGUUUUUGUGACCUAUUAAGACUGAAAUAGCACAGCAUUCCGAAAGCAUUUGUAUUGAUAUAGUGAGUGAAAUGUAACGAUUGGUGCCAUUAUAUAGAACAAAUUAGCAAUUGAUUGUAUGCGUGGCUUCGAAAUAUAUUUAUACAUAAAAUGGUAGUAAGCAGUAUUAUGAUUAUGCUUGUACUUAAAAAUGUGAUAAUUAUAGGUUUAUAUUGAUUUAACCUAAUAUCUAUCUUGUUUAUGAUCAUAUAUAAUAAAAUGCACAAAUAACUAAUUUACCAAAUAUCGUUAAUGUUUGACAAUUAUUUUGUAAUCUAUAGAAUGGUUGUAAAUUGAUAUGGUGCCUAUUAUAACAUUUCAAUAAAUUAAUAAUUUUUGAUA